UCGCACUAAUCCAGCAUGACCUUCCUCCAAUGCCUAUAUAAAUAGUUGCUUUCUUUUGAUGACAAUGCUCAAACUCGUCUAAGCACCUGCCUUCUGGAACGAUGUUCAAGCAAUAUUUUGAAGGAAAGAGAGUCCUCGUCACUGGUGUUGGCCGAGGAAUUGGACGAAAUAUUGCCAUACGUUUGUCUUCCUAUGGGGCCCAUGUAACGGGGGUAUCAAAAACGCAGGAAUUCCUAGCCUCGUUGAAAUCGGAAUGUCCAGAAAUUGAAAUUAUUGCGGUUGAUCUCGAAGAUUGGGAUGCGACCAGAAAUGCUCUGGAAACUCUGGAACCAUUUGAUUACCUUAUCAAUAACGCGGCCAUUCUUACACCGGGAUUAUUCAUGGAUAUAACUCCGACAAAAUUCAACCAAAUAAUGUCCGUAAACGUCGCAGCAUGCAUUAACGUAGGUCAGGUAGUUGCGCGUGGCAUGGAGAAAGCCAACAUUGCCGGAUCAAUUGUCAAUAUUUCGUCAAUCUGCAGCUCAUCAGCCUACCCGGCAAGCUCGUUGUACUGCUUAUCAAAAGCAACUCUUGACAUGCUCACCAAACUCAUGGCUGUAGAACUAGGGCCCAAAAAAAUUCGUGUAAAUUCUGUAAACCCAGUCGGAAUUUAUACGGACAUGUUGGAGAAAUUUUAUGAAUCACUAGCUAAAGAAGAGGGGGUUGAAGUUGCCGAAUAUUUGGAGAAACUUCAUGCCAGAGUUCCUUUGAAAAGUUUUGAAAUGGAAAUGAACGAUAUUGUGAAUGCCGUGCUAUUCAUGUUGUCUCCAUCAUCGCCACAUAUUCAUGGCGAAAUGUUGUUUGUGGAUGGUGGCAUUCGACACACAUAGUGUGGUCAGCUUAAAUUCAUGCAAUUCGUGAAAUUAUAAAAAAUCGAUGAUUGAAUUAAAUAAAAUGGGCGGGUAUUCAUCGGUGA